GUCUAAAUCCAAGUAGUGAACCUUUUAUUAAGCUAUAGGGGAGAAUAUAUAUAUACAUGAACAUAUUACAUAGAACGUGGAUGUUAUUUCAACCAAAAAAAUCUGAUGCCUGUAGAAAGUUAGAAAAACAGAGAAUCUAUUCCCAAGACCUCACUUUAUAUAUACGACCAGCCAGUUCCAGCCUUCACAUGUGAACUCAGCCCUGCGGCCCAUUUCUCCUCAAAACACUGUUUAAUCAAUUAUCGGUGGCCGGCCGCCGGAGAAUGGCGGAGAUAGAGAGAGUAAUCCCAUGUGCGCAGCUCCAGCUACAGCUCGUAGCCAUACUUCUUUGCGGAGUUCUGGGCCGUUCAUCAUGGGCCGGUGGAUCUCCGGUCCUGAGCCCAUCCAAGCUGAAGAUGUUUGUGGAUGAGCUGCCGGACAUGCCCAGAAUCAAAGGCUAUGAUGUUGUGAAUGGGGUUCCUGUUGCUAAGACACUCAAGAUUGGCAUGUUUCACAAGACUUGGAAAUUCCACAGAAAUCUUCCUCCAACACCAGUGUUCUCAUACGGUACUUCGAGGCGCACCGCAACGGUGCCUGGUCCAACAAUCGAGGCACUUCAUCGAGUCGAGACUUAUGUGGUGUGGAAGAAUAACCUUCCAUCCAAACACAUCCUUCCUUGGGAUCCAACUAUUCCAACGGCUAUACCAAACAAUGGUAGGGGCGUCCCCACAGUAGUCCACCUCCAUGGAGGAAUAGAUGAGCCAGAGAGCGAUGGACACCCAAAAGCAUGGUUCACCGCCAGUUUUCGAGACCGUGGGCCCACAUGGACCAAGAAGAAGUACCACUAUCACAACCAUCAACAUCCUGGGACCAUGUGGUACCAUGAUCAUGCAAUGGGGUUGACCAGGGUCAACCUCUUGGCUGGCUUGGUUGGGGCCUACGUCUUACGUCAACCCAAUGUUGAGGCCCCACUUGGACUGCCGCAUGGCGUUGACUAUGACCGUGUGUUGGUCGUCUUUGACCGUAGCUUCUACACCAACGGUUCGAUUUACAUGAACACCAAAGGUAACAAUCCGACCAUUCACCCGCAAUGGCAACCCGAGUAUUUUGGUGAUGCAAUCAUAGUCAACGGCAAAGCAUGGCCCUAUAUGGUUGUAAGAAGGAGAAAGUACCGUUUUAGGAUCAUCAAUGCAAGUAAUGCUAGGUUUUUCAAGUUCUACUUCACAAAUAACUUGACUUUUAUCCACGUGGCAUCCGAUUCGUCUUACAACGAGGGCCCCGUUGAGCUCCGUGAGAUCCUUCUAGCCCCGUCGGAAAUCGCUGACGUUGUGGUUGACUUUUCAAAGUCAAAAUCAAACUCGACGAUCCUAGCUAAUGAUGCAGCAUACCCCUACCCUUCGGGGGACCCGACAGAUGGCGUCAAUGGUAAGGUUAUGAAAUUUGUCAUCCUUGAUAAACGUGAGGUGGACUCGUCACACGUUCCGAAUAAACUAAUCAAAUAUCCUCCCCCUAAUGUUUCCCAUGCUUCAACCACACGAUACAUCGCAAUGUUCGAGUACGCGAGCGACAUUGAUGAGCCAACACACUUGUACAUCAACGGUAAAUCGUACGAUGAUGAGCCCAUUACGGAGACACCAAAGAUGGGGACGGGCGAGAUAUGGUAUGUCAUAAACUUAACGGAGGAUAACCACCCACUCCACAUCCAUUUGGGUGUUUUUAAGGUGUUGGAUCAAACCAAGUUAGUCAAAGAAGAGGAGUUUAAAGCAUGUAUGGUGAAGUUCAAUGAUGCUAUCAAGUGUAAUAUUGGGGAGGAGUAUGAACACGGAAAAAAGGUAGCGGUGCCGCCACACGAGAGGGGGUGGAAGAAUGUGUACAAGAUGAUACCCGGAUAUGUAACAAGAAUAUUUGUGAGAUUUUCCUUCAUCCAUUCAAAUGCUUCCUAUCCUUUCGACGCAACAGCAGAGCCGGGUUAUGCUUACCAUUGCCAUAUUUUAGAUCAUGAAGACAAUGUGAUGAUGCGCCCCUUAAAGUUCGUACAUUGAGAAUUAUGAAGUCAAGCAAAAUGCUAGAACCAUAUAUAUAGUUAUUACAUGAGUUGCGGUCACCGUUUGAAAUUGUGACUUUGUUUCUUUUCGGUAUGAAAUACAGAUUACUGUUUUAUACUCCGUAUAUAGUGUGCAAUUCAUGUUGGAUAUCGUAGCAUUACUCAAAGUAAAUAACAAUGAAUGUAAAUUGUUGCAAAAUGAUAGAGGUUAUUGUUCAAAAUAUAAUUCACUUAGUUUUACCAAA